AUGGCAGCGAACGACAAGUCGAAGGAAGCCCAGGAGGAUGACGAUCGCGAGGUAGCAGAGCAUCUCCAGGGUGCGGUCGAGGCUUCCUUUCGACUUAAGCGUCUGCUGCGAGACGACUUGAAGGACAACCUACAAGAGCAGCCCGCGAAGAAGCCGCGCUUUGAAGAGCAGAAUGUCGGCCCCGACGAGGUGGCUCGGAUUGACAGAAUCCUCCGAAAGUGGGGCCUUCAGGGCGAGACAGUGGUCCGGCACGUGCUGGAAGGGCUCAAUGCCUUCGAGUUGAAGGAGCUUGAGAAUUCUGGGUACUACCCGGACACAACCAAUGAGUGGCGAGGUCCGGCUGAACUGUCUGCUGUCCACAUCGCACAGAUGCGUGAGAUGAUGGGCCAAAGUGGCGGUUCCCUCGAUCCGAUUCAGGCAUUCCGGGCUCAUUGGGACCUGGACGGCACGCAAGAAGUUAGACUUCGUCUCCUUUGCCACAAGGACGUGCGCUAUGUCAUGACGCACUUUGACGGAACUCGGCCGCUCGAACAAGUGAUGGAGGAGGCGAAGUCCCAACCGGCGUUGCGAGGUCUUGGCAUCGGGGCCGCGCCGGCUUUCCAGUCAGGAUCAAAGGUGCUCGGGCGCUACUAUCGCCUUGAAAUCAUUGAUCCUACAACUGACGCUGUCGUUUUCGGUGACGCGAACCUGUCCUUCGCCUUGAAUCUGGCCAGACAUCGCAAAGUCCUGGGCCAUGUGGGCCGGGUUUUGGCCACCACCUUCGAGAACCUUGAGACGCUCCGGGAGCGGUACAUGGAGGCCAUGGCACAUCUUUCUUCCGCGAUGAUUUCAAUCAUCCUCUGCGUUCACCUGCUACCGGGCCUGGCAAAUGUUCUCAAGGAGGUCGACGUGGCCAUCGUGGGUGCAGGCUACAGUGGUCUUUCUGCUGCGCGCGUGCUGAAGAGGCAUGGGGUGUCCUUUCAUGUUCUCGAAGCUCGGGAACGAGUUGGUGGACGGAUCUUGAACCAGGAGGUCGUCGGUCAAAAUCCGGAUGACGUGGUGGAAAUGGGGGGCGAGUGGCUGGCCACGGGUCACCAUGAAGCCUUGCGGCUCUUCAAGGAGUUGGGCUUCGAGUUCUUCCAUCGACCUUUCAAUACACUCGGCGGCGCCAGCAAUGCCACAGUUCCUCCCUGCCGCGGUGCGUGUGCCGUGCGAGUCCGUUCCGAAGAUGGCUGGCACAGUGUCUCAUCGCCUGAUGCCGCGGUGAAGCUUUUCCCACAAGAGGAGCGGCAAGCUUUGCAAAAAGCGCAAGAUGAGAUGUCCAAGGAGGUGCGGAACACUCCUUGCCACGCCCCGUUUUCCAAUCCGAAUGCCUCGCUUUGGGACUCCCUUUCCUACGAUGCCUUCCUGAAGAUGGUUCUGGGCUUGCAGCAUUUUCCGAUGGCCUACAACACCCUCUAUGCCUAUGCUGACGAUGCAGAGGCCUUGAAUCAGAUCUCAGCCCUGUUUGUGCUGUGGCAGCUGAACUGCUCCGAUGGUGUGGAGGGAUCUGGAGGGGAAGACUUCUGGCGGGUCCGCGGGGGGUCCCAGGCCCCGGCCAUACGCAUGGCUGCACAGCUGGGAGAGGAUCUGCAGCUGGGGGCCCAUGUCACCGCCAUACACCGACGUGAUAAUUCGCUGUACGAAGUUCACAGCUCCAAGGGUGUGGUUGUCGCGAAGCACGUGAUCGUGGCUGGCCUCACUCCGAGUUUGAUAACUGCUAUCGAUUUCCAGCCGCCUUUGGAUGGAGCGAUGGAUCAGUUGUUGGAGCGCAUGCCAGUGGGGACGACUAUGAAGUAUUCCAUGGUCUACGAGAAGCCUUGGUGGCGAGAGCGUGGAUACCUUGGCAAGAUGAUAUUUCUCAACACGUCCGCGCCCAGCAACUACGUGCACAAUUGCUUCGACAACUCUCCAUAUUCUUGGAGCCGCGGUGUCCUCACUUGCUUCACCGAAGGUGCCCAGAAUCGAGCGUUCCUCCGCCUCACGGAUUCGCAGCAGAAGGCAGUGAUGCAGAACAUCUUGGCAGAAGCACUAGGAGAUGGGAUGCAUUACUGUGGGCGCUGGUGCUUUCAUGGCCAUUGUUCCAGAUCCUUCUCCAUGUUUCGGCUUGGGUGCCGUAUGUAG